AUUGCUUUUCUUCUCUUCUGGUUCACACUCCAAACACUCCCCUACACGCUUUGUCUCGUUCGUUGGAUCUCUGCUUUCUUUCGUUGAGGCAUUUUUACAAACAGAUUGAGAGCGGAAGCGAAAGGGAGAAAUAAGCGUGAGGGGAGAGAGAGAGAGCAAUGUCUCUUCGACCCACCUCUCGGACCGAAGUCCGCAAGAAAUCGUACAAGACGGGGGUCGAUGGCGACGAAGCCCGGCGUCGGAGAGAAGACAAUCUCGUCGAGAUCAGGAAGAGCAAGAGAGAGGACAAUCUCCUUAAGAAACGGCGAGAAGCGCUUCUACAAUCUCAGCAGUCGCUGGAACCUUCUUCGCAGGCUCCUUCUGGGGUUGAAAAGAAGUUGGAAAGCCUUCCUGGAAUGGUACAAGGAGUAUGGUCUGACAAUCCUGCUUUGCAAUUGGAUGCAACUACUCAAUUUAGGAAGCUUUUAUCAAUUGAGCGCAGCCCUCCUAUCGAUGAGGUCAUUAAUGCAGGUGUUGUUCCUCGGUUUGUGGAGUUCCUUUCCAGGCAUGAUCUACCUCAACUGCAAUUUGAAGCAGCAUGGGCUUUGACCAAUAUUGCUUCUGGUACAUCAGAGCAUACACGGGUUGUCAUUGAUCACGGUGCUGUCCCACUGUUUGUGCAACUUCUCAGCUCUUCAAGUGAUGAUGUUCGAGAACAGGCUGUGUGGGCCUUGGGUAAUGUGGCUGGUGACUCACCAAGUUGUAGGGACCUUGUUCUUAGUCAUGGCGCACUCAUGCCUUUGCUGGCUCAGUUAAAUGAACAUUCAAAAUUAUCAAUGCUGAGGAAUGCUACAUGGACUUUAUCCAACUUUUGCCGUGGCAAGCCACCGGCGCCAUUUGAACAGACAAAGCCUGCACUUCCAGCUCUUCAGCGACUAAUUCAUUCAGCUGAUGAAGAGGUUCUAACGGAUGCUUGCUGGGCUCUUUCUUAUCUUUCUGAUGGCACCAAUGACAAAAUCCAAGCUGUGAUUGAGGCGGGUGUCUGUCAGAGACUUGUGGAACUUCUGCUCCAUCCAUCACCAACAGUUCUUAUUCCUGCUCUCAGGACAGUGGGAAAUAUUGUCACCGGCGAUGAUACUCAGACUCAGUAUGUCAUCGACAACAAUGUGCUCCGUUGUCUCUAUACACUUCUUACACAGAAUCACAAAAAAAGCAUAAAGAAAGAAGCGUGUUGGACAAUCUCAAAUAUCACUGCAGGGAAUAGAGGUCAGAUACAGGCUGUUAUUGAUGCCAACAUCAUCCUCCCACUUGUACAACUACUCCAACAUGCAGAAUUCGAUAUCAAGAAAGAAGCUGCAUGGGCUAUCUCGAAUGCCACCUCUGGGGGUACUAAUGAGCAGAUCCACUAUUUGGUGAGACAAGAUUGUAUCAAGCCACUCUGUGAUCUUCUUGCAUGCCCGGACCCGAGAAUUGUGACGGUGUGCCUUGAGGGGCUCGAGAACAUACUUAAGGUGGGUGAGGCUGAGAAAGAAAUGGGGAACAACGGUGGAGUGAACAUUUAUGCACAGUUGAUCGAUGAAUGCGAGGGUUUGGAUAAAAUUGAGAAUCUGCAGAGCCAUGACAACAAUGAAAUCUAUGAGAAGGCCGUGAAGAUAUUGGAAAGAUACUGGGUCGAGGACGAAGAGGAUGAACAGAAUAUUCAAGCUGGUGGGGAGGGCAAUCAGAAUUCCUUCGAGUUUGGAGGUAGCCAGCCAAAUCUCCCUUCUGGUGGCUUCAAAUUUGGUUGAGAGAGGCUACUGGGGUUUUAAGGUUUUAUGGGUUUGUUUUUGUUUGAACUCGUUGUCGCGAGCUGGUACUAUUCUCCGCGCAAGGGUCGGGGUUUUUGGUUGGAUUCAAAAGUAGAUCCUGUGGUGCAUCUUCUGGAUGCCUGCAAAAUUGUAAGCUUUUUACUACUCGCGUUUUUCCCUUCUUCUUACCUUUUCUUUUCAAUGGAGAAACCCAAGUUUCUUUGAUCGAA